CGCAUGUAGCUGGGCCGCUGCUCACUCCAUUCACACCGUGUCCCUCACAGCCAGCUGGCGACCGGGAACCCCUGAUCCCUGGGUUAGGUCUGCAGACCCAGGUUGCAGUCGGUCGCAAGGAGCCUGCGCCCUUCUCGCCCCGGCAUCCAGCCGCCCGUGGGGGGGCGCUGCAAAUAGUCCUUUGUUUACAUGCAAUUCCUUACUCCGCGGAAGGAGGCCGGGGGAGUGCUGAGUUUUCACCAGCUGUUUCCCGCCUUGAAACAGACAUCUGAUCAGCUGCAAACACACACACAUACACACGCCCGGGGAGGCAGGCUGGAGAGACCUCCCUCCCGCCCCUCCCGCCCGCCUCCCUCCCCUCGCCGCUGCUGCUGCCGCCAGCAUCUGGGACCGGCCGAUUCUGCACCUCCGUCCGGCGCUGCCCUUUGAUUCGGAUUUCCAUCUUGCAUUCUCCGGCUGACCGCGAGACCUGGCUCGUGCAGAGGAGGGGGGCCUAUCGCUAUGGAGUAUUUCAUGGUGCCCACUCAGAAGGUGCCCUCUUUGCAACAUUUCAGGAAAACAGAGAAAGAAGUGAUAGGAGGGCUCUGUAGCCUUGCCAACAUUCCACUGACCCCUGAGACCCAACGGGACCAGGAGAGGCGGAUCCGGCGGGAGAUUGCCAACAGCAACGAGCGUAGGCGCAUGCAGAGCAUCAACGCUGGCUUCCAGUCCCUCAAGACCCUCAUUCCCCACACAGAUGGAGAGAAACUCAGCAAGGCAGCCAUUCUCCAGCAGACGGCAGAAUACAUCUUCUCUCUCGAGCAGGAGAAGACUAGACUCCUGCAGCAGAAUACACAGCUCAAGCGCUUCAUCCAGGAGCUGAGUGGCUCAUCCCCCAAGCGGCGUCGGGCAGAAGACAAGGAUGAGGGCAUUGGCUCACCUGACAUCUGGGAGGACGAGAAGGCUGAGGACCUUAGGAGGGAGAUGAUUGAGCUUCGGCAGCAGCUGGACAAGGAGCGCUCUGUGCGGAUGAUGCUGGAGGAGCAGGUGCGCUCCCUUGAGGCCCACAUGUACCCGGAAAAACUCAAGGUGAUCGCCCAGCAGGUGCAGCUGCAGCAGCAGCAGGAGCAGGUGCGGCUGCUGCACCAGGAGAAGCUGGAGCGGGAACAGCAGCAUCUGCGGACGCAGCUUCUGCCUCCUCCAGCCCCGACCCACCACCCCACAGUGAUCGUGCCGGCACCGGCUCCACCUUCUUCACACCACAUCAAUGUUGUCACCAUGGGUCCCUCCUCAGUCAUCAAUUCUGUUUCUACAUCCCGGCAAAAUCUGGACACCAUUGUGCAGGCAAUCCAGCACAUUGAGGGCACCCAGGACAAGCAGGAGCUGGAGGAGGAACAGAGACGAGCGGUUAUUGUCAAGUCUGUCCGCAGCUGCCCGGAGGCUCACACCUCGGAUACCGCCUCAGACUCUGAGGCCUCGGACAGCGACGCCAUGGACCAGAGCCGGGAGGAGCCUUUGGGGGACGGGGAGCUUCCCUGACCACCCCCCAGCCCUCCUCUCCCUUCUGGGGGUUAGAGGGGGCCGGGGUAACAACAGGGAGAAACAUGGGUGAAUGAGUGAGAAAUUUUUACAAAAUUAUGAUGUCAUUUGGGUCUCUUUUAUGACCUCUUUUUCAAUACUGUAAGUCGACCUUUGAUCGAAGCCACCCAAGCCCAGGUCCCGGGGCUGGGGUGGUAUAGCACGUGUGGGAGCAUCGGGACCCCAGGGCUGGGCCUCGGCCCUGGGGCCGGGGAAGCUGACACUGAGGUGCCGGGCCUCUCUCCGCCAAAAAGCUUUUUUUGUUUGUUUGUUUGUUUUCCUUUCAUUUAAACGUGUUUUUUAAGAACAGGGAAAAUCAAACAAAACCCCAAGGUAUUUCCUCCCUCCCCAGAGCCAGCCCGAGACUGACGGUCUUCAGCCCCCUUCCCGUCUCUGUUUGGUUUUCUCUUUUCUCUUUGAAGCACUUACAUGGGUUGGGGGUCAGGCUGGGUUGGGGCUUUCUGGGGACCCGGGGGUCUACAUUGUUUCUCGGUUGGGGAUUGCUGCUGCCAUUGCCCCCUCCCCCCGCCACCUCAGCACCCGAAUUGGCCACUCUCCACUACCACCUUUCCCUCCAGGGUUCCCAUCAUUGACCCCAAAAAUGUCUUUGUCUCUCUUUUUGUUUUGUUCGUUGUUGGUUUUAUUUUGGUUUUGGUUUCUGUAUUUUUUAAAAAACUUCUCUCUUUUUUUUUUUUUUUUUUUUACAAUUUUGAGGUCUUUGUGUCCAAGGAGAAGCUAUUAUAUUUUGUUAAGAAAGUGGGGGUAGGGAACAAAAUACCAAGAGGCCAUUGUGCCUUUGUAAAGAAACAAAAUAAAAUUUGUACUUUGUUUUUUA